GUUACAUGGGACUUACUGGAGGUCUACUGCACAUGUGAUUGUUGUGCACAGAAAUCUUGUUAAAUGUCCACGAGUAAUAGACAGAUAUUCUAUGUAGAAUUAGUCAUAAUUUUUCUUACUGGAAUUGGUGGAACAUUGGCUUUGAUAAGUGUUUGCCUGAGAAGUUCAUGGAUAUCUAUUAAACUGUUUAAAAAACUUCAUCGUUAUUCUCAUUUUGAUAAUUUGACCAAAUGUGAAACAUCAUGUCUACUGACAAUAAUUGGCGUAAUAUGCAGUGCCACCUCAGCAGUGAUUGGAAUUAUACGGCUACGUAUGGUCAGUGUAAAAAGAGCAAAAACUUGUAGGACAGUGCAAUUUGUGUACCUGAUAGCCGGAU